AUGCCGGCUGCUGUGGGGGAUGCCGCCGCCAAAACUGCGGGCAAGCGGAAGCGCCAGGAGAAUGGUGAUUUGACCAAGAAGAGGAGGAAAUCUGCGGGCGCCGACGACAGCGACAACCUUCAGGCCACCAUCGAGAGGCUCGAAACCGAAAUCCAAGAGUCAAAGAAGCACUACAACAACAUCGCGACCCUUAUUGAACUUGCACAAAAAGCCGACCAAGACUCAAAAGCUUCCUUGGCCGCCUCGGAGGCGCUUUGUCGCAUCUUCAUACGGCUUUUGGCCGCGGGCAGCUUGGUUAAGAGAAAGGAUGUGUCAGAAAAGGAUGCCACCGUAACAGGCUGGCUCCGGGACCGCUUGGCCGACUACAGGGGGGCUCUCCUAGCCAUGUUCAUGAGCAAGAAACUGGCGUCGAACGCCCUGAUGCUGGCCAUGGCCCUUCUGAAAGCGGAAGCCCAACACCUCGGCGACCGGGCAGAAGCAGUGUUCCCCCGGUAUUUCUUCUCGGAUAUCGUCGCUAGUUUCCUUGAAUCUCCUGUUGAUCAGCUACUGGAAGAAUUCUCGGAGAAGUUCGUCGAUGAGUACCACGACAUCCGUUUCUACACCUUCGAGGCCAUCAAAACCUACCUGACAGAGCGAGAGAACUCCGUGGACGAAGACAUUCGGAACACGGUGUUCGAGAUGCUAAUCAGCAUGGAGGACGUACCCGAGUCGAACGAAGACCUGGAGGAGUUCUACAUUGAGCCGCCCCAGAAGAAGAAGCACCCGUUGCGCUCUUUGUCGCAGCACAAGAAACAGGCCCAGGAAGCAUGGUUGGCGCUCAUGCAUCUUGGCCUGAGCAAGGAGCAAAGGAAGAAGGUCCUGGAGGUCAUGGCCACGUCCAUCGCCCCCUGGUUCACCCAGCCCGAGCUCCUCAUGGAUUUCCUGACCGACUGCUACAACUCGGGUGGCUCCAUCUCACUUCUCGCCCUAUCAGGAGUAUUCUAUCUGAUACAGGAGCGCAAUCUUGAUUAUCCAGAGUUCUUCACCAAGCUCUACUCAUUACUCGACGCCGAUAUCCUUCACUCCAAGCACCGCUCGCGCUUUUUGCGUUUGCUUGACACCUUCCUUGGGUCGUCCCAUUUGCCCGCAGUGAUGGUGGCUAGCUUCAUCAAACGGUUGGCCCGUCUGGCACUUAAUGCGCCGCCGAGUGCCAUCGUGGUCAUCGUGCCAUGGUUCUAUAACCUCUUCAAGAAGCACCCUCUCACCACCUUUAUGAUGCACCGUGUGCCUCGCAGCAAGGAAGAGAAGGAUCUGCUCGAGACUGAAGGCCUGGACGACCCUUUCCUGCCGGAUGAGAGAGACCCGAUGGAAACGCAUGCCAUCGACAGUUGUCUGUGGGAGAUCGUGCAGCUGCAGUCUCACUACCACCCCAACGUCGCCACGAUUGCCAAAAUCAUAUCUGAACAGUUUACCAAGCAGGCGUAUAGCCUUGAGGACUUCUUGGACCACUCCUAUGGCAGUCUCCUCGAGGCUGAAAUAAGCAAGGAAGUCAAGAAGCCACCAGUCGUCGAGUACAUGAUUCCCAAGAGAAUAUUUAACAAAGCUGAUGGGGCUUCAGGGGAGACGGACAGCUUGCUCGUCAGCUUGUGGGACUUUGGCUCGUCAUAA